AUGGCUCAUCUCCAGGGCAAAGUCAUUGCUGUCACAGGUGCAGGGUCCGGCAUUGGUCGAGCAACUGCACUAGAAUGUGCCGCCAGGGGAGCUAAGCUCGCGUUAAGCGAUAUCAACCAGAGCUCAUUAAACGAAACGGUUGAGAAGGUCAGGGCUCGAGGCGUUGAGGUGAUUGGAACCGUGGUCGACGUGUCCAAAUCAGCGAGCGUGGACGACUGGACGGCGGAGACCAUGAAGCACUUUGGCAGACUUGACGGAGCAGCCAAUGUCGCCGGAGUGGAAGGCAAGCCAGGAGGGAGCGUUUUCAACAACAUUGUCGACAUCACAGACGACCACUGGGACUUUGUUCAGCACGUCAAUGUGACGGGAUUGUUCUAUUGCGUCCGAGCGCAGCUGAGGGUGAUGGAACGGGGCGCCUCCAUCUUGAAUGUCGCCAGUAUGGCAGGGCUCAUGGGCCGACCGGGCAUCGCAGCCUACAGUACCAGCAAGCAUGCCGCAAUCGGUCUGACAAGAACAGCCGCCAAAGAGGUUGGAGAAAGAGGAAUUCGCGUGAAUGCAAUUGCUCCAGGCCCAGUCGCCACUCCCAUGCUGGAUAGAAUACGGAUGGACGGUGGAACCGAGGAACGAGCAGUCACUAAUACUUACAAGAACGUGCCACUCCAGAGACUGGGCUCGCCGGAAGAGAUGGCGAAGACGAUAUGCUUUGCUCUUGGUGACGAUGCGAGUUGGACAACGGGAGCAGUCUUCUCCGUGGAUGGCGGAAUAGCUUGCUGA